GACUCAACGAGGUCUCCAAGGAACUUCGGAACUCGCCCGCCACCAUGCUUGUCGCCCGCCGCAUCGCCAUCCAUGCUUCGAAGCAAACGCCCGUCCGUCACAUGAGUGCGUUGUCGUACUCCAAGUUGUCUGAAGAACACCAAAUGUUGCGCGAAUCGGUACGCUCGUUCGCCGACAAGGAGCUUGCUCCCAACGCUGGUAAAUGGGACCGCGAACAUCUGUACCCUGCAGAUGCUGUCAAGACGAUGGCAGAGAUGGGUUUGAUGGGGGUAUUUGUGCCUGACACACACGGCGGCACGGGGCUCGAUUACUUGGCGUAUGCCAUCUCGAUGGAAGAGAUCAGUCGUGGUUGUGCUUCCACGGGGGUCAUCAUGUCUGUCAACAACUCGUUGUAUUGCGCGCCGGUCGACAAGUAUGCCACCGAGGAACAAAAGGCUGAGCACUUGGUCCCGUUUGCAUCUGGCGAAAAGCUCGGCUGCUUUGGGUUGAGCGAGCCUGGUAAUGGCAGUGAUGCCGGAGCAGCAGCCACCACAGCACGCAAAACAGACACGUCGUACAUCCUGAACGGUACCAAGAUGUGGAUCACGAACGCGCAUGAAGCAGACCAGGCCAUCAUUUUUGCCACGACUGACAAGUCCAAGGCUCACAAGGGAAUCAGCGCGUUCUUGGUCGACAUGAAACAGAUAACGUUGGGGAAGAAGGAGGACAAGCUCGGGAUCCGCGCGUCGUCCACCGCUCAGCUCAUUCUUGAAAACGUCGAGAUCCCGCAUGCAAACCUUCUCGGCAAGGAAGGCGAAGGUUUUAAGAUUGCUAUGACGACGUUGGACGGCGGUCGCAUUGGUAUUGCGUCACAAGCCCUUGGGAUUGCGCAGGCAUCUCUCGACUGUGCGAUCGCGUACGCCCACGACCGCAAGACAUUUGGCCAGCCCCUGGCCAAGAACCCGAUCAUUCAGACCAAGCUUGCGCGCAUGGCGAUGGAACUUGAUGCGGCACGGCUGCUAACGUGGCGCGCGUGCGAAUUGAAGGACGCCGGUCUGGCCUUCUCCAAGGAAGCCGCGAUGGCCAAGCUCAAGGCGUCCGAGGUCGCCACGUACAAUUCACACCAAGCGGUUCAGAUUCUCGGUGGCAUGGGGUAUGUUUCGGACAUGCCGGCGGAGCGCCACUACCGCGACGCGCGUAUCACAGAAAUCUAUGAAGGCACGUCCGAGAUCCAGCACUUGGUCAUUGCCGGCGUCCUCAACAAGGAGUAUGCCGCGAGUCACUAGAGGCACUAACACUCUUAACGCGAACGCGGUGUGUGUUUCGAGCAGCU